GAGACACACUCCUUACAAUUAAAAACAAGGCAUGAAUAAUAGCUACUGGAACUGCCUGGGUUCCCCCCGGACAGAUUAUGGUAUUGUCUUGUUGCAGGAGUGUUGCACCUUUCACUGUCUCUUGUGAUGGUCAGUCUUGGAGGUGAGAGAUAAGGCUAGGUGGGUCAUUGUUCUGAUAUGGAAUGGAAAAUCCCGAUCUGAACACGCUAGGGACAAAGAACAGAGCCUCUUGAACCGGACAUCUUUUGGAAGGUGAGUGUUCCAUGUAUGAAAACAUUUACUGCUCUGAUUUCUCCUAUUCAGGUCCUCCUGUUUGCUGGGGCCUGAUCUGACAUGAUCACUGGUUGUGAUGAAUAAGGUAUUGAGACUGUUGGUUUGUUUGUCUUCUGUUGCCCAAGGGAUGAGUUGUAGAAGUUCAGCUUCGUUAACCCCUGAAGUCAUUCUUGCACCCAGAAGUCCAGGCCAAACCAAUUCCUUAGUUUGUUUAAAAGGAAGGAAGAAGGUCUUUGGGGUGGAGAACAGUUGUCAGUUGGUUCAACUUCUGUACUUCUGCUCUCCAAGAAUGCAGAGAACCCUGUCACAUUUCACCUACAGCUGAAAAGAGCUGCUGGUGCAACAGAGGUACUUGUUUACCUUUCUGAUCCCCAGCAGUUGAUCCAACGUGUAUUGUUUGUCCAGCUUGCUGGACAAGCCUUUAUUAGCUUCCAUGCUUGUGUGCUGUUGUCUAGAGGACACAGUACUCUUCACCAGCCUUACUGGACUGCCAAGGAGUCUAAACUGCCAGCUAUGUUUGAAUUAUGCUCCAAACUGAAAUCUUGUUUUUUAUCCAAUGAUGCGGCAACUUCCGAGUUUUAGACUUGAGCUCUGAUAUUGACUCCAUGUAGUCAUCCCUGUCUUAUAUCUGGGAUGGGAUUGGCUGUUUAAGAGUAGUAGCAACUGGCAGUAUGCUUUCACGUAAGAACCUGCUUUGGGGGAAUGCAUGCGACCCGAGCACAAGUUAUUGUCGCAGCCUUGAGAGUAGCAGGUGGCUUUCUACACCCAGUGUCCGCCCGUGGAAUGGUGUUGCAGCCCUCAGGGAUGUUGCCUGUUCACUCAGCCACAAGCGAGUUCCACUCCUCAUCAGAAGCAUGAGGAAAAUUAAAGGUGAGAAGACAAUCUACUAAUAAAGGGAAAUCAGUGGAAUCUAGGCAGAUGACCUCAAGGCCAACCCAAAUUCCUUAGUCUGCUGAGACUGAGCUUUUUCCCUUGGCUUAUAGCUUCAUCAAGGUCUGUUGGGGGAGUUAACCAUGCUUGAAUGGUGAGGGCCUUUCUGAUUGGGGAGGCAAAUACUGCAAUAAAAGCCUGCGGGUUCCUGUGUAGCGAUGAUAUUUGAAAUGUACUGGAGUGAAUGGGAGAACAAUUGUUCCUCCAAAGGAUUUGUAGACUGCUGCUUUGUGUCCUAUGUACUUCACUUCCUCUUUCCCUUGUGCUUUGUUUCAGUUGCAUGGAACAGUCAGUAGUUGUUUGAAAUGAUUACUCUUCCCCUCCCUCUCAAUGUGUUUUAUUGAGGAAAUAGAGUUGGUACUAGUGAGCACUGCUGACUGCAGGAGCACAACUCCAGCUCAUCUGAUUAAAGGCUGGUUGGGAAUUGUGACAUGACAUGACAAGACAGCUACUGCUCAUAAAUGGACUACCUUAACUUGCUCCUGCUAACCACCUAUACCACUCCCUCCCCGUUUACAGUCAGAUUUCCAUGUGGAGCAGCUUAUCUCCGCCUAAUAAAAUUCCCUCUGAGGCAAUGGAGAACUCUGUCCUGGAAGGACACUACCGGCAGAAAAGGUCCUCGAUCAAUGAGCUGGCCAUUCUCGUUUCCCGCAUGCAGAAGAAUGCCGACCAGGUGGAAAAGGACAUUCUGGAAACACAGUCCAAGCUCAAGCAGGACAUAAGUAACUACCAGAAGAACAAGGCUUUUGAGUUCCAGCAGGAGAACGCAAAAAACCUGAAGGAAGCCGAGACUCUGCUGAAGGACCUCUUCCUGGAUGUGGAUAAAGCAAAGAGGCUGAAGCAUCCCCAAGCCAUCGAAAUAGAAAAAGACAUCAAGCAGCUCCAUGAUCGUGUGACACAUCAAUGUGCUGAAUAUCGAGAUCUCUAUGAAAAAUGUAACAUUCCUGAAGGGGGCUCUAAGCUGGACUGGGCCAAAAUUCUAGACCAGAAGCAGAAGCAAGUCACCGCGGGACAAUAUGGCCCCACCAUGCCAGAGUUGGAGAAGCAAAUAGCAGAGCACAACAUCCUCCAGAAAGAGAUAGAAGCCUACGGCCUCCAGAUCAAGAACCUCCACAGCCCGAAUGCAGCAGAUUUAAAGAGCCAGUACAAGGAUUUGCUGAAAGCGUCCAUCUGGCGAGGGCAGAGCCUGGGCAGUCUGUACAACCACCUGCAAGGCUGCACCAAGGAGCUGGGUUACCUCAAGGACCAGCAGAACAAAAUCCUGAAGCAGGACUGGAGCGACCAAAUGGCUGACCCGGCGGGCGUGCGCCGGGAGUAUGAGAACUUCAAGGCUAAUGAGCUGCUUAACCAGGAGGAGUAUGUGAACCAGCUCCAGGAUGACGGAGACAGGAUGAUUGAACUGAAGCACCCAGCUGUGGAGCCCAUACAGGCUCACCAGGAAGCCUUGAGGAACGAGUGGCAGAAUUUUCUCAACCUCUGCAUCUGCCAGGAGAGUCAGCUGAAGAGCGUGGAGAGCUACAAGAAGUUCCAGGAGGAUGCUGACACUGUGAGCCAGACACUGAAGAAGCUGAACUCGGACCUGGAUACAAAAUACAGCAAGUUCAACAAAGACAGUCCCGGGGUGGUGUCUGAUUUACUGCACCAGCUGGAGAAUGAGGAGAAGACUGUGAAACAAGCCGAAAAAAGCAUCGCUGAGCUGAAGAGGAAGAGCCCAGAGAUCAGCCCUCUGAAACUGCGCAGAACCUGCCCCUCCCAGCCACUUGCCCUGGACACCGUCUGUGACUGGGCCUCUGGUGAUGUGCAGCUCAGCCAAGGUGAGAAGUACACUCUGAAAGACAACAGCAACCUGGAGAACUGGGUGGUGCAGAGCAGCACUGGGGUGACAAAGACAGCUCCUGCUGCUUGCUUCUUCAUACCUCCUCCAGACCCAGAGGCCAUCGGCAGAGCUACCAAGCUGGAAGGUGAACUGAACACAGUGAAGCAGAAGAGAGCGACAGUUCAGAACUCCCUGAAAAACAGCCAGAAGGAGCAAGUUAAGUCCAGCCAGCAGGCACCAAUCAGAAGUCCCGCCGUUGCCCAGGAUGACCCUCAAGCUGACCAGCUCCUCUCUAAGCUGAAUAAGAUUGGCAGGGACUUGGUCCAAGUGGAGAAGGAAAUUUUUAGCCGGGUGAGGUCCCCAGUAAGCCACAGUGCCCCAACCGAGGACCUUCAAAAAAGGAUUAAGGACCAGGAGGGAACCACAAAGAAACUUCAGGGCAUUGGGGCAGAUAAGGAAGCCCUGCAGAAGGAGUGUGAGGCCUUCCUGUCCAAGAAAUCCACCAGCACCACCGCCUCUCAGCUCCCCGUGACUCUGAACAACGUCAAGAACAAGUAUAAUGAUGUCAAGAUGCUGUCCAGCCUGUAUGAUGAGAAAGCCAAGGCUUCCCUGAACCUGGAGAACCAGAUAGAGAUCACGGACGAGAUCAUCAGCAGCUUUGAGUCCAAGCUGGCUCAGGACAGCACCAUCCCAGCCUCUCCCAACGCCCUGCAGGAUCGUGCCAAUGAGCUGCAGAGGCUGAAGCGAGAUCAGGUUGCCCAGCAGGACUGUGUGCUGACGCUGAACCGCAGCCUCAAGGACGCCGAGCACAGCUGCAGCGCCGUGCAGAACAACUUCCAGGAGUACUGCCCGGAUCUCCCCCGGCAGAAGCAGGAGGUCCAGCUCCUCAACGACCGCUACCAUGCUGUGGCCGACCAGCUGGAUCACCGGGAGAAGACCCUCCAGAACACCAACCUCACCUAUCAGCAGUUCCAAAACUCCAACGAGAACAUGAUGUUCUGGAUGAACAACCUGCCCAAGCACCAGGUCAAGACCACGGAUGGACCGAGCCAGAUCAAUUACAAGCUGCAGGCACAGAAGAGGCUGGUGGAGGAAAUCCAGGGCAAGGAGGCUGAGAAGAACGCCAUGGUCAAACUAUCCCAGACCGUGCAGUCUGCUCUCAACGACUAUGAGCUUCAGGCAGGCAAAUACUGCUCUUCUCUGGACCCCACCCUGAGUGCUUCCGCUGCCAAAAGACUGCGUGUCACCCCACUGCAAGAGAGCAUCCAGGCCCAGGAGAAUGAAGUGACAAAACUCUACACAGAGAUCGCAGCAGAAAACAAGCAGCAGCUGAGCUGGCUGGAGUUUGCCAAGAAGGUGGUAGAGAAGAAGCAAGUAAAAGAGGAGAUGCAGGCGGAACAUGAGCAAAUGCAACAGUCAGAAAAUCUGGCUCAGUCAACAAGAGAAUCAAAGGCACUGAAACUGCAGCUGGAGGAAGAAAGGAGCAAAGUGGCCAAGGUUCAGCAGGAGCUGGAAGAACACAGAAACAGGCUUCUGCUGCUGAAGACUCAAAGGCCCAUUGAAAGAGUGGAAGAAAAGGAGGUGGUUGAAUACUACCGAGACCCAAAACUGGAAAGCAACUUGGCUAAGAUGACGCAUCAGAUUAAGGAUGAGAGCAGAAAAAGGGACAGCCUGCAAGCAGAUAUUGAAAUGAUGAACAAGAAGCUCAUCCAGAUGGAGAAAGAGAGGAAGGUGGUUGAGGCCCAGCUGCUUACCAAAGAGGUCACUAAAAUUGAGAGGGAUCCAAACCUAGAUAACCAAGCGGCUAGCCUCCGUGCGGAAAUCAAGCAUCUCAGAGAACAGAGCUCCACUGCUUCCUCUGAACUUGAACGGCUCAGGAAAGAGUUAUACAUUCUGGAGCAGAAGCAGCCCAACAUCCGAGAGAAAGUGGUAGUGAAAGAGUUGAUCAAGCUGGAAAAAGACCCGGAGAUGCUGAAGGCCGUCAGGACGUUGCAGAUGGAAAUUGACAAAGAAACCUUCAACAGGAAAUCUGUGGAGGACAUGACAAUCAAACUGAACAGUAGGAUCGAGGAGCUGGAAAGGCUUAUUGAAGUAGCAGAACCCAAAAUCAUUGUCAAGGAGGUGAAGAAGGUGGAACAGGACCCAGAACUGCUGAAAGAGUCUUCCAAGCUUAGAACUCUCAUUGAAGAAGAAAAGAACAAGAACCUGCUGUUAACAGGAGAGCUGGCAGAGCUGCAACGCAAAUACAUCAUUGCAGAGAGGCAAAAACCUAAGGUAGAGGUUAAAGAAAGAGUCAAUGAGAUUUUCGUGGUAGAUCCAGAGACAGAGAAGGAAAUUACUCGCCUGAAGAAGGAGCUCCAGGAAGUUACUAGUAAAAGGACAAAGAUUGACAAGGAGGUGGAAGAAGCCUUGUCUGAGCUGAACAUCCUCAGGUCUCAGAAACCAACUGUGGAGUAUAAGGAGGUGAUCCAGGAAGUGGUGAAACUUGAGAAGAGCCCAGAGAUUCUUAGAGAAAUUGACAGGCUGAAGGAACAGCUCAAUGAGUUGGUGAACACAAAUGGCAGGUCCCAGGAGCAGCUCAUCCGGCUGCAGGGUGAAAGGGAUGAAUGGAAAAGGGAAAGGUCCAAGGUUGAAACCAAGCUGGUCAACAAGGAGAUUGUCCGAUACGAGAAUGACCCACUCUUGGAAAAAGAAGCUGAUCGCCUCCGCCAAGAGGUGCGCAAUGUGUCUCAAAAGAGGAGAGCAGCUGAGGGCACCAUCUAUGACCUGCAGAACAAGUACAUGCUGCUGGAGAGGAGGAAGCCCGAAGAAAAGGUGGUGGUCCAGGAGGUGAUUCUCACCCAAAAGGAUCCAAAGCUCAGAGAUGAGCACAACAGGCUGAGCCGGAGUUUGGACGAGGAAGUGAGCAACAGGCGUCGUGUAGAACGUGAGGUACAGCAGCUUCGAUCUGUGGUGGAAGAGAAAGAGAAGCUGCUUAACUUCCAGGAAGAUCGAAACAAGAGGCUUGCGUUGGAAAAGGAGCUGCGUCAAAUAACCAUGAGAAUAAAGGAAAUAGAGGAAAGCCCUGCACCGGUGCAAGAGAAGAUCAUCAUGGAAGAAGUGGUCAAGUUAGAGAAGGAUCCAGAGCUCGAGCAGGCUGCUAGUGGACUGCGUCUGGAGCUGGAAAAUGAAAAGAUGCAGGUUCUGAACCUGCAGAGGGAGUGCAAGAACCUACAGAUCCAGAUUGACAUUCUGCAGAAAACAAAAUCGCAGGAGAAGAUCAUCUACAAGGAGGUUAUCAGAGUGGAGAAAGACAGAGUGCUAGAGAAUGAACGUGCACGGAUCUGGGAGCUGCUGAGCAGAGAGAGAACUGCCCGGCAAAAUGCAGAAGAGGACAUACGACGACUCAAGGAGAAAAUAGAGAGAGCUGAAGGCAUGAAAAGGACCUGGUCCCGUGAGGAGGCUGAUCUCCAGAAAGCACGAAACCUGGCAAUCCAAGAGAGAGCCAACCUGGAGAGUGAGCUCAGGGAGCUGGAAAGGCAGAAGCAGCAGAAAGUCCUUGUCCUUCGAGAGGAGUCCAAACUCCUCAGCCAAAAGACAGAGAAUGACAGGCAAAAAAAGAUGCAGCGUGAGCAAGAACUUUCCUUCCUGGAGGCAGCUAUCCUAAGGGAGAAGGACCAGAUCUACGAAAAAGAGAGGUCCAUCCGGGAACUCCAGUCUGGGGUCAACCGGGAAGAAAUGAGCCACGAGACCAAGAUGAGAGAGACUAAUCUCUCUACUAAAAUCUCCAUUUUGGACCCUGAGACUGGGAAGGAUAUGUCUCCUUAUGAGGCCUACAAAAGAGGAAUCAUAGACCGAAACCAAUACAUCCAGCUGCAAGAACUAGAGUGCGACUGGGAGGAAAUCACUACCUUGGGCCCCAAUGGGGAUGUUUCUGUCCUGCUCGACAGGAAGAGUGGGAAACAGUACUCCAUUGAGGAUGCCCUGAGGUUUAGGAAGAUUACGAAAGAGGAGUACCAGCUGUACAGGGAUGGCAAGAUGCCAAUCUCAGAGUUUGCUCUGUUGGUAGCAGGGGAAUCCAAGCCUCCCUCCUCUUUGUCCAUUGGCUCCAUAAUUUCCAAGUCUCCGCUUCCAUCUCCGACGAUGCAGCAGCAGACCCAAAGCUUCUUUCCUCCGAGCUUGCAGAAAAGCUUCUGCGAUGAUAGCUUCCCCAUUGCCGGAGUGUUCGACACUGUCACCGAUACCAAGUGCAACAUAAGAACCGCUGUCAUCAAAAAGAUGGUGGAUCCCAUGACUGCUCAAAAGCUGCUGGAGGCCCAGGCUGCAACUGGGGGCAUCGUAGAUCUCAUCACGCGGGACCGGUAUUCUGUCCACAAAGCCAUAGACAGAGGGCUGAUCGAUAACACCUAUAUGCAGAGGCUGCUGAACGCCCAGAAAGCUUUCACAGGUGUAGAGGACCCUGUGACCAAGAGGAGGCUGUCUGUUGGGGAGGCAGUUCAGAAAGGAUGGAUGACCAAGGACAGUGCCUUCCCCUACCUACAGGUCCAACACCUGACCGGGGGGCUCAUUGAUCCCAAGAAAACUGGUCGCAUCUCAGUGUUGGAAGCAGCCCAGACAGGCAUGAUUAGCGACGACCUGGCUAAGAUGCUCCAGGAUGAGCCCAACUAUGAGAAGGAUCUUGUUGACCCAGUCACCAAGGAAAAGAUUAAUUACAAAGAAGCCAUGACUCGUUGCCAGAAAGAUCCUCUGAGCGGCCUGCUGCUACUCCCAGCCACCUCUGAGGGAUUUCAGUCUCGUCGCCCUGAGCGCUAUUCUCCCAUGUUGUCACGAUUCAGGCACUAAAAUGAGCUCCAUGUUCCCUCCAAUUCCACCAGGAUAUUAAGCCAUGGUGGUACUCACAGAUGCAGACUGCCUAGCGUUUCUGGCUGCAUACUAUUCUAGUGAGCUAAUCUUGCUUCCCCAUAACUGGGGCAACAGAGGAAGAUAAGGCAUUCAUCGGGGUGAAAGGGUUCUAGCAUGGGUGUCUGUGCCUGGUUUGGAAAGUAAAGGGGAUUUUGUUUCAACAAAUAUGCUUGGGGUAGUUUAAACUGUGUGACUUCCUGACACCUUGAAGUGUGGGGAGGCUGUCAAGGGGCAAAUGUGUCUCCAAGUUUGUUCAUUCUUAUGCAUGCAAUAAAACUAGAAGAUGUCUCUCCACUGCUGUAUUAUCCUUGAAAAUGGAGGAUGUCCCCACCCACCCUUCAGUGUAGGUCUAAACAUGCCCUGUCUUAAGCACCAGGGCCCAGAUCCUCAAAGAUAUGUGGGCAUCCAACUCCCCUGGGCAUUUAGGUGCCUGAUAUCUUUGAGGAGCUGGCCCUAUAGACCGUAACACUCUAGACCCAGCGUAACAUUUCCAGAAGUGGCUACGUAAAUUAGAGAAGGAGGAGUGAACGUCAAUGGGACUUGGGCCAAGUGCCUUUUUACAAUGCUCAGCCCCAGCUGAAAUGAAAGGAUCACUUCUUCUGCAUUUGAUUCAGAACCAGAGCUAAGUGCUUGUACUCUGUCCUAAUGGGUGCGGGAGACUGCCAGGGUUUCUAGAAGAUGGCAAUAUGGCCGGGGGAUUGAUCGUUCUUAGCUAAGCUCCUUCUCUUCAUCCCCCACCAUUCACGCACAGCCUCUCCCUGGGCACGGUAUUGUAUCUAGUUCUUACAAAAAUAAUUUGAAACAAUCAACUAACUUCAACCAAUGGAAACUGCAGAUCAUUCUGCCUUUUCCAAAUGCCAAGCAACAGGAAAUAUGGCCUACACAUACCAAACGAGGGCCUGCAAGCCAGGUGAAGAGCUGCUGAUGUGCCCACAGAAUGCCAUUAAUGCAUGUUUUAAACUUCUCUAAUCAGCUGUGGGUUGGAAUCAGAUGCUUGUCAGUACUCAGAGGUUUUACUAAUGAUUUCCUGUGAUGGUUGCCUGGGUCUUUUGAACAGGGGGCAGACAGAACUAAGACAGGUCAUGAACUAAGGCAGUUUAGUGGUACACCAAAGAAAACAAGACGUACACUAGAAUCUCAGUGUUACUAGCCUUACGUGCUUUCAGUCAGGUUCCUGGUCUAGCGCCUAUCAGCGCUAGCGCCCACAAGCUCCUGUUCUAACCUGCAGCAGCUCAUUGGCUUUUAUAGCCCUGCAGAUUCCCAACAGGCUUGUAGCCAGCCAAUCACAGAGUAGCUCUCUCUCUAAAGCUGCCUCAGGUAGCCUCUUUCUGUCUUCCAGCAGCUGUAUAACAACUCUAGGGUAUUUCUCCAGGGUUUGCAACUUGUGAAGCUAUGGUUCUCCUCUGCAGAUAGUGCAACUGUACUGAACCCUCUGAGCUUUCCUGGACAGGUGAGUCAACCUUCCUUUUACUUAAUCCGUUGGAAAGGGCUAAAAAAACCUGCAGCACAUUCACCCCUAUGCUGCUCCCUUUCCCAGCUCACUAAGGGGACAUGGUACAGCUUUAAAAAUGUUAAAUAAUUGCUCCUCGCUGCUGAUGAAAGUUUGGGGAAUACAGUGUAAUUAAAUAUUUGUGAGUUUUGUAACUUAAGUGCAUACUUAAUUGCUCUGUAAAACUGUCCCUCUGAUUUAGUGUCAGGAGUAAUAGGAUGGGGAAACUGGGUUAGAGGCAGGAAGCUGGCGAAGCAGUCUCUGGUGUACAUGUUCAGCUUGCAGUCCCCUUAGAAGGCCUAGGUAUGAAUUAUGCUACUGACUCCAGUGCACUUUCCUGACCCAAAGAUGCUCAGAAUUGGCAAUGAACAGUUCAUUGACCACUCCUCACAGUCCUGGAAUUUCAGCAGUGAGCGUCAUACCAAUAUUUCAAUCUGUUCCACGGGGCCAGGGGUUCCCUCCAGCUAAAGAUUUGGCAACAAAGUCUGAACUGGCCCAGGAAUGAAUAUCUUAUUUAGCAGAUUUUGCCUCUUUUCUUUCUCAUGGAAUUUCCAUGAGCAAGCCAUGAGUUUCUCAGAUUUGCUAUUUGGAGGGUAAUGGACACACAUCAUUACUCUAGGAACUGGUCAUUCAUGUUUGAAAUUCAAGUUGUGUUGCUUGAUUGGGAUGGGUCAGAUAAGUCAUGUGGUAUUGUCUCUUCUCCAGGAUUGGAUGAGAACACGGGUACUAUUCCCCAUGUACUGCUUAAAAACAAACCCAGCAUUGUCCAAUCAAAUUGAUUUAAAAAUUGGAAUAAAUAGCUGCAAAGAGUUCUUUUGGCAUGGUUCAUCUAUAUCUAGGAAAUACUUUGCCUCUCCAAGUGCUUAGCACUUAGACUAUAAAAUGUCACUAAAAUACAAUCUUGCACCAACUAUUUUUGCAACAGUCUUAGCUGCUGCUUUCCUAAGAGAACAGCAUUGAGGUCGGGGUGCUGGAACAAUGUGUGUAGUGGGGGUGCUGAGAGCCAUUGAACCAAA